AUGUCUCUGAUAUUAGGGUGUUAUUGGCGUCUGCCGGUGCAGGUGGUGAACUACAGCGAGUCCCGGACCGCCGAGGAGAUCUGCGAGAGCUCCUCUAAGAUGAUCACCUUCAUCGACCUGGCGGGACACCAUAAGUACCUGAAGACCACCAUCUUCGGCCUCACCAGCUACUGCCCCGACUUCGCCAUGCUGGUGGUGAGCGCCAACACCGGCAUCGCCGGUACGACCCGGGAGCACCUGGGCCUAGCCAUGGCUCUCAAAGUUCCCAUCUUCAUCGUGGUCAGUAAAGUGGACCUGUGCUCCUGCGGCACCGUGGACCGGACCGUGCGGCAGCUGGACCGGGUCCUGAAGCAGCCGGGCUGCAACAAGGUCCCCAUGGUGGUCUCCAGCCCCGACGACGCCGUGACCGCCGCGCAGCAGUUCGCCCAGUCCGCGUGGUGGGUACAACACCCUCUCAUUCCUCCUGCUCUA